AUUUUGUUUUAGUCCCGUUUCCCUCCAUGGUUUCUCCUCUCCGCGGGUAACUUGGCUUUUGGCUCAGUUCAUUAUACAGUCCCAUAUUCUUCCUCCAUUAGGGCAUCUCUCUGCCUUUGGACUGAAUAUAAAUUACACCGACACACAAGAGAAAAGUUAAACUUUCGUAGGGCGAGAUGGACAUGAAAAAGAGGAUCCACUUGGAACUAAGAAACAGGACCCCAUCUGAUGUACGAGAAUUUGUCCUGGAUAACUGCAGAUCAAAUGAAGGGAAAAUUGAAGGUCUCACAGCAGAAUUCGUCAAUCUGGAAUUCCUCAGUUUGCUAAACGUUGGCCUAAUCUCAGUCUCCAACCUUCCCAAACUUGGGAAACUCAAAAAGUUGGAACUCAGUGACAAUAUAAUCUCUGGUGGCCUUGACGUGCUAGCAGAGAAACUCCCCAACCUCAAACAUCUAAAUCUAAGCGGGAACAAACUGAAAGACAUCAGUAUGUUGGAACCUUUGAAAAAGCUGGACAGCCUGAAGUCUCUGGAACUGUUCAACUGUGAGGUGACCAACCUGAACGACUACAGGGAGAGUGUGUUCAAGCUGCUCCCUCAGCUUACCUACCUGGACGAGUACGAUGUGGAGGACCGAGCGGCAUCCGACUCGGACGGUGUGGACGAUGACGAAGAUGAGGAGGGAGAGGAGGAAGACUUUGAGGAGGAUGAUGACGAUGAAGGAGUAGAAGGAGAGGAGAAAGAUGAGGUCAGCGGCGAUGAGGAGGAGGAAGACCUUGGCAUUGAUGGUGAAGUUGAAGAUGAGGAGGACGAGGAUGAAGAGGAUUCUAGUGUACCCAUCAACAAACCGAUCCUCACAGCAUCGUACGAAGUUGCUUACCUGAUCGCAAAGCAGGGCAAACCACACACCAUUGGUGAAACACUCAUAAAACCAGCUGUGUUGAAGAUGGCGAAUAUCAUGCUGGGAAAAGAGGCUGAAGUUAAGUUAUCCCAAAUUCCUCUUUCAAAUGACACCAUCAGCGACAGAAUAGAGGACAUGAGCAAAGACAUCUUGGCUCAAGUAGUUGCAGAUCUGAUUUCAAGCCCGGCAAAAUUCAGCCUUCAACUCGACGAGACCACAGACGUUUCCAAUCUAAGCCAGCUUGCUGUAUUCGUGCGCUAUGUGAAAGACGACGUGAUAAAGGAAGAUUUUUUAUUUUGUAAGCCUCUUACAACAACAACUAAGGCAGCCGAUGUGAAGAAACUUGUGGAUGACUUCUUUAAAGGCAACAAUCUUUCGUGGGAUAUGGUUUCUGCAGUUUGUUCGGACGGAGCUCCAGUCAUGCUGGGAAGAAAGUCUGGUUUUGGUGCGCUAGUGAAAGCCGAUGCACCACACAUCAUUGUUACGCAUUGUAUUCUGCACAGGCAUGCAUUGGCAACAAAAACCUUGCCUCCAAAACUGGCAGAAGUACUAAAAAUUGUAGUGGAAUGCGUGAACUAUGUGCGAACUAGUGCUCUGAGGCACCGCAUCUUCAGUGAGCUGUGUAAAGAAAUGGGCUCUGAAUUCGAGGUACUUCUGUACCAUUCUAACGUUCGGUGGUUAUCCCGGGGACAGGUGCUGAAUCGUGUUUUUGCCGUGCAUGUGGAAUUAGCCCUGUUUUUGCAAGAGCACCAACAUUGUCAUGCAGAUUGCUUCAAAAAUUCUGAGUUCAUUCUCAUUUUAGCGUACAUGGCUGAUAUCUUCGCAGCUCUCAAUCAUCUCAAUCAAAAGAUGCAGGGCGGUGGAGUCAACAUCAUCGAAGCGGAGGAAAACCUGAAGGCUUUUCAAAAAAAGCUACCGUUAUGGAAACGACGAACAGAGAACGAUAACUUCGCAAACUUUCCCCUGCUGGACGACUGUGUAAGUAAGAUCGAAGAUGUAUCUGGAAUCGGAGACAUUUCUGUACCCGCGGAACUGAAGCAAGCAAUUGCCACGCACUUAGAUGAGCUUGCAAAGUCUCUCGACGGAUACUUCCCUACAAGAGAGUCAUAUCCAGCAUGGGUGAGACAGCCGUUCACGUUUAGUGUUGAGACAGCAGAUGUCAAUGAUGAAUACCUCGAUGAAAUCAUUGAAAUUCAGCAGAGCCAGGUUCAACAGCAACUCUUCAGAACAACAACGCUUUCAACGUUUUGGUGUCAACAAAUGGUAACGUACCCUGUUAUUGCUAAGAAAGCUCUGGAGAUUUUCAUACCGUUUGUUACAACAUAUCUUUGCGAGCAAUCCUUUUCGAGGAUGCUGGACAUAAAAAUGAAGAAAAGGAACAGACUUUGUUGCGAAAAUGACAUGAGAGUGGCACUUGCCAAGGUGAAGCCGCGCAUUUCUGAACUGGUCUCUGAAAGGCAACAGCAGAAGUCACACUGAUUUGCAGUAAAUAUUCAUUAUUUUGUUUUUGUGUGAAAAUCAUAUUUUGAUGAUUUAGUUCUUUGAACACGCGGUGUUGAUGUUGAUGCACGGUUCAUUUUGUGCACCAGUAAAAUAUAUACUUAUGUUUUGAAUUUGAAAAAAUCAUAUUUUAUUUUUCCAAUUAAGAAGGGUUCGGUGAAUGCGCAUAUGAAACUGGUGG